GCAUUUGUGUGAGUUUUUCGUGGAGAUUCUCAGUGCGGCAGCUUCAGUGUCUCCUCUAACGCACAGAUGGAUGAAACGGAAUCAGAUAAAAAUGACCAGACGGCACAGAUGAAGCAGCAGGACAUGGAGGUUUCUGUGGCCGAACAUCUGGAAGGUCUCACCGUGACUCCUGAAAACACAGAUGUGUCGUCAUCGUGCACACAGACAAAUCCAGAUGAGCAGGAAAACUCGGCAGCAGCAGCUCUUUCUUCAGUCACCGCGUGUGAGACGGAGGACUGCAGUGAUGAAGAUGAUGACUCGGAGGAUUCAGACAGUGAUAGCUCGUCCUCCUCAUCCUCCUCGUCCUCCUCAUCCUCGUCUUCUCCCUCUCCCCCCAUACUUGAGGAGGACGACGAUGAGGGUUUCAGCCAGCCGGCCCCCAUCAAAACCAUGGAUGAAGUCCUGCUGGAGGAGCUGCCGGCAGUCGAGGAACUGUCUCUGUCGUUACCAGAGGAAGUACAACUGAAACCUGUUGGAACAAUCUCCAGUGUCAUUCAGCAGCUCGUCGUCAUCCAGUCUCUGAAAGACAUUCCUGCUCUGGCUGAAGACACCAUCAUCUUUCAGUCUGACAGGGAGGCUGUGGGAAAGGUGUUCGAGGUGUUCGGUCCCGUGUCGAGUCCACUGUAUAUCUUACGUGUGAAGUCGUUGGAGCUGGUGAGCAGCAAAGGGCUGACAGAGGGACAGACGGUUUACUACGCACCGGCAAUCAAAGAGUACACGGGAUACAUCCUCACACAGCAGCUCAAACUUUCAAGGGGAUCUGACGCGUCGUGGAAGAACGACCAAGAACCACCAGAGGAGGCUUUAGAUUAUAGUGAUGAUGAGAAAGAGAAGGAGGCAAAGAAGAAGAAAAAGACGUCCAGGAAGAGGCGGGACAAUAACGGCACAGAUAAUCCUGCUCAGAUUACCCAGAACACCUUGCAGCAGCAGCAGCAGCAUCAGCAUCGUGACGUCAGGGGUUUCCCACCGAGACACGCAGGGCCGUCAUUCAGGCACCACAACCCGAGAGGCAAACAGCCACCGUUCAGACACGCACACACAGGCUCACACAGACACAUGGAUGUUCCUCACGCAUACCUCCCCCCUCCUCCUCCUCCUCCCCCAUCUCAUCUUCCUCCCCACUGCUCUUACCCUCCUCCCCUUCCUCCUCACCAUUACCCUCCCCCUGGCUUCCCUCUCUACCCUCCUCCUCCUCCGUCCUUCUUUAACCCGGCUUUCUCCUCUCACAUGUGGCCCCCAAACUCUCUCCCCUUCUCC